AUGGAGGUCUUAGACGGAUUUCAUCUGAUCUCUGAACUCAAGGACCUCGGUAAGGGAGACUUCGCGGAAGGAAUAGGUUCAGAUGACGCUACGUGGAUUUUGACCAGCGCUUUCAUCAUUUUCACAAUGCAGUCCGGUUUCGGACUUCUCGAAUCCGGAAUGGUCUCCAGGAAAAAUGAAGCGAACAUCAUGGUGAAGAACGCGGUGGAUGUGAUAUACGGUGGACUGUCUUAUUGGCUUUUCGGAUUCGCAUUUAGCUACGGAAUCAGCGAACGUAAAAACCCGGUUAUCGGUCUUGGAAAGUUCUUGACGGACGCAGACGAACGAGAAAUGGGGCAGAUCUUUUCAAAGUACUUUUUUCAGCUCUCCUUUUCUACGACAGCGACAACCAUUGUCUCUGGUGCUAUGGCGGAAAGGACGAGCUUAAAAGCGUACACACUUUACUCAUUCUUAAACACUCUGACAUACUGUGUUCCAGCUCACUGGAUUUGGGAUGAACACGGUUGGCUUCGGAAAAUGGGCGCUGUCGACAUUGCCGGAUGCGGUGCUGUGCAUUUAGUUGGCGGAGUGAGUGGCUUGGUGGCGACUUUGAUGUUAAAGCCCCGAACUGGCAGAUUCGAUGCAAAUUCUCCGGCCAAGCAAAUGGCUUCUCCUACAAAUGUUCUCUUGGGGACCUUCAUGUUAUGGUGGGGCUGGCUGGGUUUUAACUGUGGCAGCACGUUUGGAAUAAGCGGCAUGAAGUGGAAACUUGCCUCCAGGUAAGAAUGUUCCAUAGUACAAGGUUAUAAAUAAUUCAGGUUUAAACGGCCAAGAUAUUGAAUUAUGGGUUUAGUUUGAUCUGUGGCCUUGGGAUCAGAAGUUGGAGAAAGAGAAUUAUUUUCUAAAACCAAACCUUUACUGAACUACUGAACUGCGAUAGUGUUCACUGGUAGCUCAAACUACAUCUGGGAAUAUGUAUUUAUUCUUUUUCUUCGCUUUCCUCGGUUUCUCUAGGCUGGAUCCCUGGGGCCUUAAAAAUGAGGUUAGGAUUGAUGGUUGCUGACCGCAAACGACAAGCGGAAAAUAUUGAAGUACCACCAGGAGCCAUAAUCGGGGACGGAGAGCGUAAGCGCGCGCUAUUUCUA